AUGAAUCCUGAUCGAAGAGCUUUAUCUUCUCGGUCACCCGCAACAAGGUAUGAAGUCCUCCUGGUCGAGGACACGCCAAAGAAAGGGCUAAGUGAAGAGCGAAUGACCACUUGCUUUCAUGUUUUUGAUGAAGUGAUUCCUUGUUUGGGAGUUUAUAAAAAUGUUUUGAAGAUGCUGCGAGAUGAGCUUUACGACGCGGUGUACAGCAAUGAAUAUACAACAGUGCCACCGAAUAAAGGGAGGAGUAAGACUUCAUACAUCCAACGUAUUCCGUAUUUCGUACUUGUCAAUCGUGUGUUUGAGGAACGCGACAAAAACGCAGACCAGUUGCAAGCAAACAUUACCGCCCUAGAAAACAAACUCAACGACAAAGACAAACAGCUCGAGGAAUGUAAUCAGAACAUCGACCAACUUAAAAAAUCGCUCAAAGAAAGCAGCGAUAAAAUUUACAACAUGGAAAUAGAAAUGGAAAACAACAACUUGGAGCAAAGGAAACUUGAAGCCAAUAUACAAUAUGAACAAAUGAUGCAGCAGGCCGCUAAAGACAGGUCAGAGAUAUAGUGAAACCUGAAUUUAUUACCAUUAUUAUCAUUACUAUAUUCAUAAUAAUUAUUAUUCCCGGGGGUGGGGGGUUCUCCUGGCAAUUCUUGGCAAGGGUGUACCACCUGCUCCUGGGACCUGGUUCUCCAAGGGCUGUUGCAUUUUAGUAAAAUCCAACUAGUGGUGUAUUAUCAAUGCUGCAUUCGGAUUGGUUGAGCUGCUACUAGGCUAUAUGAUAUAGCCUACUAGUAGCGAAAAACGCGCGCUUUUUGGCGGCAAAAAAGGAUUAAUGUCUAGCUUUAACUAGCUAAAAUUUUUUAUUCUCGAUAUUUUUUACCAAUAGCCCUCAUGGGCUAUUGACUCAGAGCCCAUUUGGGCUCGAGUAGAGGAAUAAUUGUUAAUAAUAUCCAUACUCCCCGCCCCUCCCCCCUGAGGACUUACCUAUUCUUCUUACCCCUGAAGAUUGGCAAAAAUUGCAUUCACCCGUGUAGACUUCCAUAAAAUAUGAGUUUACCCCUGAAGAAUGUGGGUUUACCUGUAAAGAAUUUUGUGAAAAUUAAAGCUUCACCCCAAAGAAUUCAUAUUUUUUUCACUCUACUCCUAAAGAAGUCCUCAAUUUUUAUAUCUUACCCAUGGAGAAUUCCAUGGUUCCUCAACUGGGGGGUGCAGAUAUUAAAUACAAUAGCCCCAAGUCCUUGGACCCGUCCUCUAAAACCCAUACCCAUUUUCAGACCUGGCCUCAGUUUUUUGAAAGUUGGGUAAUGCUAUCCACUGGUUAAAUCUCUUUCCAGUAGAUAGUGUAAUAUACCCAACCAGCCAACCAGUUCAUGGCAAAAAAAUACUCUGACUGAUGUUUAACCUGGAUCAGGAAUUUCUUUCCUUUUUAAAAACAGCUCAGCAAAUCACAUGAAGCAAAUAAAACCACAACAUUAAAAACAAACUUUAAUGCAUCCGUCAGUCACCCUAACUAGGUAACCUAAAUGUAUGCAAAUUUGAGAUUCUAUGGAAGAAAUGUUGCUCUAGACUUCAGAAGUAAUUCUGAUCGCUUUAUUGCAACAACAUUGUUCAUGACCAAAAAUGACUACACUUAUCAGACAAUUACAGUGAAUAACUGGUAAGGGUGGCUGCUAGGAGCAAUGUAUCCAGCGCUACCAAGUUUGAGAUUCAAUAUUAAAACAUAAUGGUAUAUUAUUUAAAUUUGUUUCACUAGAUAUGAGAAGCGCAUUUCCAGCCUUAAAGAGGAACUCACUCAUGUCAAGGAAAGGAACAAGUUUCUUGAGAAGUUUAAAGAGGGAUAUGAUGCUUUAGAAGAGGCUUUCAAUGACUCGAAAGUGUUUGAGAAAAAACCACAGAAACCAGCUGUGUUAACAAGAAGGGCACAGAUAAUUCAAGACAUUGCUUCGGCGAAGCUUUUAGAAGAGCAACUUCUUACCAUGCAAAAUGUAGUUAUUGAAGAAUAUGAGUCAUUCCUGGAAAAGAACAAGGCUCUACCCACCACUGACAUUGAUUUGAAGAGCAGCGGGUCAGGAAGUAGCUUUCGCGUUACCCCAGAUGAUGAACAUGAGCAGAGAAUGAAGCUGGAAGAGGAGCUGCAUAAAGUCAAGGAGAGGUUCAAACAAAGUAUUGCUGAUGUUAAAAAUGAAUUCCAGCUCAUUGAAAUCCACAGGUCCAGCCUUGAGGACCAGUUGGCCCAGCUUGAGGAAGAGGCAAAUGCGAUGGAAAGAGAAGCAGCUGAAAAGUCAGAGAGGAAAAGAAGUCUCUUCCACAUUGAAAGAGAAAAAGGCAAGAAACCAAGCGAGCCUGAAGAAGAAGAAGAAGAAGAAGAGAUUGAUUUUGUGAAGAUUAUGAACAGUGCACACCAUCAAGACCCAUUCAUCCCACAUGAGAAAAUCCUUAGCAAGUACUCAGCAAUGAUGUAUUACUCUUGUAACCAAGGGAAACACUAUCAUGAGUUUAAAGAUGCAAAGUUUUGUGCUAGUUGCGGCGAGACUACUCUAAUCUGUCCGCACAAGAUUACCGAUCACAAGGUUGUAUCACUACCCCACAACUGCACUCAUAUUAAAAUCAUCAGACCAACAGUGCACAUUUCACUGGAAGAAAAGCAUCCGUUGCCUGUAGCUGAAACCCCAGAGAAUGUCCAAGCUCUUUCAGCAAGAACAGCCAGUGCACUGUCAUAUGGAGAAGAUUCCAUCCUAAAAGCCCAGCAACACCUCACCACUUCAUACAAAUUUCUUUGGGAUGAUUUCUAUUCUCGUACUUCCACUAAUCGGCAGAUUCCCCGGGUGCUGCCCGAGAAUCUUGUAUCAUCAGUUAUUGAACAGUUUUACUCUUACCUGAUCUGGCAAGAUGAUUAUGCUGUUGAAGAUGAGCAGAUAAUUUCAGUGGUAGACACUUUGUACUCUUUCUUCCAGGAACGUUAUCUCAUUCCAGAUGUCACGUAUCUUGCUGUGUAUGACUUCUUUACAAGCAUGAUUAAAUUUGCACCAGCUAACAAGAGCAUUGAGCUUUUUGCUCAAGCAAUGUGUGGCAGCAUAGAUCCUGUUGUGAUUCGUUAUGUCUUGCUCAUGAAUGAAUUCAUAGAUUUGGUUGAAUGGGUGGCAGUCAAAGACAUCAGGACAUUUGCACAUGUUGUAUACCCCUUCAUGAAUGAAGAAGAUAUUGAGCAAUUCUCCAUGGGGUACACAUCCUUCAGUGAGAACAAGAUUUCCAAGGAACUAGUAUCAGAGUAUUUUCUUUACAUUAUUCUAAAGUACAGAGAACCUUGCUUUCAAGAAAUGGAAGUCAAGCUUCUACAGCAACCUGGACGAAGACCAGGCUUUAUGACCGACAUUGAAUAUGCUGAAGCCAUUGACAAUAUCUGUCCACUGGCUUCGGAGCGUCUGAGGAGACGACUGUUUGUUGAGUCUGUAGAACACAUGGGAAGUGCUGAUGACUCAGUAUCAGUGAUGCGAUUGGCACAAAUCACUGGUUAUCUGACACUACUACAGUUGAUGCCAGUCAUUAAGAACUCGAUAUCUCAGAAGGUUGAUGAGGCACGUCUGGCAAGUGAAGGAGGCCAGUCCUCACCUUCCGAUGUUCCGUCAGGUGCUGCUUCCAAACCUGGGAAAUUUCAGACAACAACCACUGCACGUGCAGUAGCAGCUGAAAAUGCCAAACGUGCAAGAACAAGGCAACUUAAAAGGAUUGAUGAGUAUCAGUAUGAUUAA